AUGACCGGAGUCGUGUUGCUCCUGCAGGAGAGAGAUCGGGCCAACCAAACGUCUCCAGACUGCGUUGAUGAUGGAGACGUGUCCUGUGGGAUGGUCUCCGAGAACCUCUUUGAGUGGUUUUUCGGAAACCCUCUCAUCAAACUCUAUCUCAUCUUAAUUUUCAUCCUUUUAGGCUUGAUGAUGCUGGGCUCAGCCUCGCCUCAUACGCCCGUCAUACGCCCGUCAUACGCCCGUCAUACGCCGUCAUACGCCGUCAUUACGCCGUCAUACGCCGUCAUACGCCGUCAUUACGCCGUCAUUACGCCGUCAUUACGCCGUCAUUACGCCGUCAUUACGCCGUCAUUACGCCGUCAUUACGCCGUCAUUACGCCGUCAUUACGCCGUCAUUACGCCGUCAUUACGCCGUCAUUACGCCGUCAUUACGUCCGUCAUACGUCCGUCAUACGCCCGUCAUACGUCCGUCAUACGUCCGUCAUACGUCCGUCAUACGUCCGUCAUACGCCCGUCAUACGUCCGUCAUACGUCCGUCAUACGUCCGUCAUACGUCCGUCAUACGCCCGUCAUACGCCCGUCAUACGUCCGUCAUACGUCCGUCAUACGUCCGUCAUACCUCUACUAUGUUCUACGGUUGCCCUGGGUGACCUGGAACCCCGCCCCUUCCGCAGAGCACUUCCGGCUGCAAACAUGUCGCCCUCCUUGUUCAAUUUUGUCGAAGCUAAAGACAAAUUUGCGGCGUCUGCGAAACAAGCUCUGAGUGCCAAAAGCUGCAAGGAUCUCACGGAUGCUUUCAAUCAGAUGAACGGGAAUGAAGCAGAAAAGAAGACGACCCUUGACCAAGCUCUCCGAUGUGUCUUUGAGGAUCAGAUUAAUGAGUUGAAGACAUCAGUGGAUGAAUACUUGGCUCUCAUUGAUCUCAGCAUUGAUGCGGUCACAGAGGGCAUCUGCUCGGCCACCACCCCCUUCAUCCUGCUGGGCGAUGUGCUGGACUGUCUGCCUCUGGACCUGUGCGACAAAAUAUUCACUUUUGUGGAGGAGAAUGUGUCGACGUGGAAAUCGAACACCUUUUACACCGCGGGAAAAAAUUACUUACUACGAAUGUGCAACGAUCUGUUGAGGCGACUUUCCAAAUCCCAGAACACGGUUUUCUGUGGCCGCAUCCAGCUGUUUUUGGCUCGUCUGUUUCCUCUGUCAGAAAAAUCAGGUCUGAAUCUCCAGAGCCAGUUUAAUCUGGAAAAUAUCACAGUUUUCAACAAAAAUGAACAAGAAAGCACUCUGGGACAAAAGCACACGGAAGAGAAGGAGGAGGGGAUGGACGUGGAAGAGGGAGAGAUGGGAGAGGAGGAGGGCCCAGCGCCAUGCUCAAUCCCAAUCGACUACAUGCUGUACAGAAAGUUCUGGACUCUGCAGGACUACUUCAGGAACCCUGUGCAGUGCUUCGAUAAAUUCUCCUGGAUGACGUUCGUGAAGUAUUCGGACGACACUCUGGCUGUUUUCAAGAGCUUUAAACUGGACGACAUGCAGGCGUCCAAGAAGAAGCUGGAGGAGCUGAGGGCCUCCAGCAAAGAACACGUUUACUUCGCCAAAUUUCUCACCAGUGAAAAGCUGAUGGACCUGCAGCUCAGCGACAGUAACUUCAGGCGACACAUCCUCCUGCAGUACCUCAUCCUCUUCCAAUACCUCAAAGGACAAGUCAAGUUCAAAAGCUCCAGUUGUGUUCUAAAUGACGACCAGUCGACAUGGAUUGAAGAGACGACCAAAUUGGUUUAUCAGCUGCUGAAGGAGAUUCCACCGGACGGAGAUAAAUUUGCCACAAUGGUGGAGCACAUGCUCAACUCGGAGGACAACUGGAACUCGUGGAAGAAUGAAGGCUGUCCGAGCUUCGUCAAAGAGAGGAACGUGGAGGAGAAACCCAAGAGAGCCGGCAGAAAGAGGGCGGCCCCAGAGGACUUCCUCGGCAAGGGCCCUGACCGCAAGAUCUUCAUGGGAAACGACGAGUUGACGCGUCUGUGGAACCUGAACCCCGACAACAUGGAGGCCUGCAAAUCCGAGUCCAGAGAGUUCACGCCGUCGCUGGACGAGUUCUUCACGGAGGCCAUCGAGCAGGCCGACCCCGUCAACAUGGUGGAGGACGAGUACAAGGUUGUGCGUAAUCCAAACUACGGCUGGCGAGCGCUGAGGCUGCUCUCCCGGAGAAGCCCGCACUUCUUCCAGCCGACCAAUCAGAAGUACAAGAGCCUGGGAGACUAUCUGGACAGUAUGGUCAGCAAACUGGCCAAGGAGCUGCCGAAGGACAUUCCCUCAGAGGAGAUCAAGACCGGAGAAGAGGACGACGACGACAACGGAGACAAUCUGCUCAAAGAAAGCAACGACAGCCCCGGCGAGCAGGGCCUGCAGAACAAGCUGGUGUCCAACGCACAGAUGGACGACAUGGCGAGCAAACUGGGCGCACAGUGGAAGACUCUGGCCUCGCAGCUGGAGAUGAAGGCGUCGGAGCUGCGCGAGAUCGAGGCGGACAGCGAGGACGUGGAGAUGCAGGCCAAACUGCUGCUGGUGGCCUGGCAGGACCGCGAGGGACCCCAGGCCACCGUGGAGAACCUGGUUGGCGCCCUGAACGCAGCCGGCUUCUCCCACGUGGCAGACGCACUCACAGAAGCGUAG